GUCAUUUUGUUUGAUAAUAAUAUAUAAUUACUACAUGUAGGAUCAAAAUAUUGGGAAGAAGAAAAGCUUAAAGGAAAUAGCAAUGGAAGGAGAGAGAAAGGAAGAAACCUUGCCGCCGGGAUUUCGGUUUCACCCAACAGAUGAAGAACUCAUCACUUACUAUCUUGUAAACAAGAUUUCAGAUGCUAGCUUUACAGGAAGAGCAAUUGCUGAUGUUGAUCUCAACAAGUGCGAGCCCUGGGACCUUCCCGGGAAGGCAAAAAUGGGAGAAAAAGAGUGGUAUUUCUUCAGCCUUCGGGAUCGAAAAUACCCAACUGGUGUAAGAACAAACCGAGCAACGAACACUGGUUACUGGAAGACCACAGGAAAAGACAAGGAGAUCUUCAACAGUGUCACAUCAGAGUUGGUUGGGAUGAAGAAGACCUUAGUGUUUUACAGAGGGAGAGCUCCAAGGGGAGAGAAAACCAACUGGGUCAUGCAUGAAUAUCGUAUUCACUCUAAAUCUUCUUUUAGAACUACCAAGGAUGAAUGGGUGGUUUGCCGUGUGUUCCAGAAGAGUGCAGGGGUGAAAAAGUACCCCUCAAAUCAGUCGAGAGCAGUGAAUCCCUACAAUUUGGAAAUAGGAGCAAGUCUGAUACCUCCGGCAAUGAUACAGGCAGAGAACUAUCACUUCCCUAUGGGACGGAACUACGCAGAAGUAGCGGAGCUUUCCAGGGUUCUAAGGGGUGGUCAAAGUUCUACUGUAAAUCUACCAAUUCAAUCCCAAAUCAACUAUCCAGGAGGGUUUACUAUAUCCGGACUGAAUUUGAAUCUUGGAGGCGCCUCCACGCAGCCUGUGAAUGUGAUGCGACCAAUAUUGCAGCCUCCGCAGCAACCACCACCACCAAUGCAUCAACAAGACGUUACGGCCACCUUGAUGACCACCGCUGCUUCUUUUGCAGCAGAGAAUGGGUAUGGCGCGGAGAUCAAUCAUAAUACAAAUGGGCCAAGCAACAGAUUCUUGACCAUGGAGAAUUGCAUGGACUUAGAUAACUAUUGGCCCACGUACUAAAGGACAAAGCAAAAUCAAAAUCGAGCAAAUCUCCCCAAGUUUGUUUUGGUAAUAUAUAGAUCAGUAGUUAAUUAUAUACAAGUAUCUGUUUAGUUUGGAUUAAUACUUUAUAAUUCCCCUCAUAACAUUGGGGGAAUUUAAUGGGUCAAACACCCAU